AUGGGCACGACUGGUUUCUCAUAUACAACUAGUUGGGGCGAAAGUGAACAGCGAUCUGAAACUAUUGCUAUUGGAACCACAAGUGGUGUUGAAACGGAACUGCAGCCUGGGCAGGCGGCGACCGCGGUACUGUCAGCAAAUAAGGGUGCUUUAGAGGUAGAAGUCGUGUACUUGGAAAAAUUAAGAGGGAACGUAGCUGCGAACUUUAAAAUCCCUUAUAAGAGAAGAAAUGAAGGUCACCAUUUCUUGGGUCCAUCGAUAGAUAGUGUGAUGAAGAGUGGUGGAUUAGAAAAUGAAGUGAUUAUAAAAGAAAAAAUAGAUAGGUGGAAUUUACUCGGGUUCCAAAGCAGUAGAGCUGAUGAAGAUGAUUUCAACGUACCUGAUUGGUUCCAUCAGGAAGUACGACAAAGUACGUCCCUUUUGCUUUGUCGUCCUGCCGGUUUUCCAAAAGUGUCAAAAAUCGCGUGGCCAAUGUCACUUCCGCUCUCGUAG